UCACUUGGUAAUGGUGGUGGUGGACAACCCCAAAUUAUCAUCAUCUUCAUUAUUAUUAUUGUCGUUCUCCGUGGCGGUGGUUUUAUCGAUGGCUCAGUGGUAUUCAGGCGGCGGUGGUGGUGGUGGUAGGGAAGGGUUAAAGAGAUUACUGUUUGUUGCAGGAAGUAGUGGUGGUGGAAUCUUUGGUGGUGGUGCUGGUGGUACUAACGCCUGGCAACCUAAUAAUGUUGGAAUAGCAGUUGCAGUCACAGCCAUGGCUGGUAUUGCCUUGGCUGCCACCAUCGUUUACUCUCGCAGGGGGCAUCUAAGAUCACCAUGGUCUUUUAGGAGAAGAAAACAUCCACUUUCGAAUCAACAAUGGAAAAAUCUAUUCGACGAGGAUGGGAAAUUCAGUGAUGGUGGAGUCAAGUUUUUGAAGAAAGUUCGCAGUAGUGGUGUCGAUCCAAGCAUUAGGGCUGAGGUUUGGCCAUUUCUCCUUGGAGUUUAUGACCUUAGCAGCACUAAAGAAGAAAGAGAGAUCACUAGAAGGCAAAAGAGAAAACAGUUUGAGAAGUUGCGGAAACAGUGCAAACAUCUUUUAAAGCGCAUUGAUGAUGAGCGUGUUAAACAGAAUGCAACCACUGUACCAGACAGUAGUGGGGACAGUGAGAGUAUUGUCGAAGAUCCAGAUUCACCUGCUUCAAAAGAUGUGAUUGCGGAGGAAUCCUCCUCUGUUGUCAAAGAAAGCCCAGAUUGUGAGGACUCACAUGAGCAGGUUCAUGAUCAAUCCCCUCACUGUGCCUACUCAGACAACAACGAAAGUGGAAUUACAAGUGUUGAUGUCUCCGUAGCUGGUACGGAAUCAUCCGACUCAGAUUCUAUUGAAGAACCUGAGAGUAGGCAGACUUCUGCUGCUAUUGAAAGUAGUGAUGAAAAUGAUCCUGACAAGCCUACUGAUGGAAAAUCUUCACCCUCCAAAGCAGCCGGUUCGAAAGUCCAUAGAGAUGAAGACUUCGAGACAUGGCAGAGAAUCAUUCGACUCGAUGCUGUGAGGACCAAUGGGGAAUGGAUUGUUCACUCUCCAACUCAGGCUGCUGUUUCCAGGGACAGGGCGCACAGUCUAGCAGAGGCAGUGGGGUUGAAGGACUAUGACCAUCUGGAACCCUGUAGAGUCUUUCAUGCAGCGCGUCUAGUUGCAAUACUCGAAGCUUAUGCACUCUAUGAUGACGAGAUUGGAUAUUGUCAGGGAAUGAGCGACCUUCUGUCGCCUAUAGCUGCCAUGGUGGAAGAGGAUUAUGAGGCUUUUUGGUGCUUUGUGGGAUUCAUGAAGAAAGCCAGGCACAACUUCAGGCUAGACGAAGUCGGAAUCAGAAGGCAGUUAAACACUGUUGCCAAGAUUAUAAAGUUCAAAGAUUCCCAUCUCUACAGACAUCUAGAGAAGAUGCAGGCCGAAGACUGCUUUUUUGUGUACAGGAUGGUGGUGGUUCUUUUCAGGCGAGAGCUUACAUUUGAGCAAACAGUAUGUCUGUGGGAGGUGAUGUGGGCCGACCAGGCGGCUAUCAGGGCUAGAAUUGGAAGCAACUCAUCCUGGGGGAGAAUAAGGUACAAGGCACCACCAACAGAAGACCUGUUGCUUUAUGCGAUUGCAGCUUGUGUACUGCAGCGUAGGAAACUAAUCAUAGAGAUGUACAGCAGCAUGGAUGAAAUAAUAAGAGAAUGCAACAACAUGGCCGGGCACUUGGAUGUUUGGAAACUACUUGAUGAUGCCCAUGAGUUGGUGAUGAACCUCCAUGAUAAGAUAUGAAACAAAAAGACCCUAUCGCGUCUCUUUCUCUUUUCUCAUUCGUUAUUACAUUUUAUUUUAUUUUAUUUUGCUAGAAAAGAAACCAAUAUAUUAAAGAAGAAGAUUACAGAUUGUUGAAGAGAAAAGCUGGAACAGUGCCCAACGGCCCCAACCAUUCACCUUGAGUUCUUGUUCUUGUACAAAACUUAGAAGCUGUGUCAGCUAAAUCGUUGUAAUCUCUGCUUAGAAAUUCUACUUUGGCAAAAGAAAAAUCUUUAAGAUAG